AUGUCCUCUGUCAAGGUAGCUGUUCGUGUGCGACCGUUCAACAAAAGGGAGAUAGCUGCGUGCAGUGAGUGCAUCAUCGCGAUGCAUGGGCAGACCACAUCGAUCAGCCGCCCCGGUUCCAAAGAAGCACCAAAGGUAUUUGAAUUCGAUCACAGCUAUUGGUCAUUCACAUCGCCCUCAGACGUGCUGUUUGCCGAUCAGCGUCGUGUUUACGAGGAUCUUGGUGUACAAGCCUUGGACCAUGCUAUCAAAGGGUACAAUGUGUGCAUUUUUGCCUACGGUCAGACUGGGUCAGGAAAAUCCUACACAAUGAUGGGCAAACCAGGACUCGACAAAGAGGAGGGAAUUAUCCCACGAUUAUGUCGGGAGCUGUUCACCCGGUUGGACAAACUGCGUCAAGCGGCCAAGUCUGAUCAAUCUGUUCAGAAUAUUGUUGAAGUGUCUUACAUUGAAAUUUAUUGUGAACGUGUUCGUGAUUUACUGAACCCGCAUAGCAAGAGUCAUUUGCGCGUUCGAGAACAUCCGAUUUUGGGCCCAUAUGUGGAAGAUUUGUCCAAGUGUGUCGUGCAAUCAUUUGGGGAGAUCAGUGAGCUAAUUGAUGUGGGGAACAAAGCCCGAACCGUGGCAGCAACUAAUAUGAAUGAGACUAGCAGUCGAUCACAUGCCGUGUUCACCAUGGUUGUUACACAGAAAAUCAACGACAUCAAAGCUGAUGUGGCUACUGAAAAAGUAAGUAAGAUCAGUUUGGUCGAUUUAGCCGGCAGCGAGAGGGCCGAUUCCACGGGUGCAACCGACGUGCGACUGAAAGAGGGCGCUAACAUCAACAAAUCGCUGACGACUUUGGGCAAAGUGAUUGCAGCCUUGGCCGAUAUGAGUUCAAAAAAGAAGAAGAAAGCUGAUUUCAUUCCUUACCGUGAUUCGGUUCUCACGUGGCUUUUACGAGAGAAUUUGGGCGGAAAUUCGCGCACAACAAUGAUAGCGGCUUUGUCACCGGCUGAUAUCAAUUACGAGGAGACACUGUCCACACUGCGGUACGCUGAUCGAGCUAAACGCAUUGUCUGCAAAGCAGUGAUAAAUGAGGAUCCAAACGCUAAAAUGAUUCGCGAACUGAAAUCCGAAGUAGCUCGGCUGCAACAGAUCCUCAGUUUGGAGCGACUGGGCGCAGCUGCGCCUCCGCGUUUGUUAAAAGAUAGUGAAACAACGACCAAUGGAGAAUCGGUUUCACCACUCCAUGAGGAGCAGACUGUGACACUGGAAGCGCUGAGAGCUUCGGAGAAGUUGAUUGCGGAACUAAACGAAACGAUGGAAGACAAACUUAAACGAGCGGAACAGCUUCGGAAGCAACGUGAAAAAGAACUGAUGGAUAUGGGCAUUGCUAUCCGCAGUGAUGGUGGAGUCACUGGAGUGUAUACACCAAAAAAUACACCUCAUUUGGUGAAUUUGAAUGAAGAUCCUGCAAUGUCUGAAUGUCUGAUUUAUUAUCUGAAGCAAGGUAUAACUCGUGUUGGACAACUGCAUUCGGAUUCUGAAGUAGAAAUUGGUCUCAGUGGGGAGUUCAUUCUGAAAGAACACUGCAAAUUCUACAAUAAAGACGGUAUUGUGGAAUUCGAACCGUGCAAGGACGCUGAGUGUUACGUGAAUGGGGCAGUUAUUACGGUGAAGCUCGAACUACGGCCUGGAGCCCGUGUGAUUUUGGGCAAAAGUCACGUGUUUCGGUUCAAUAAUCCGGCACAAGCACGCGAAAAGAAGGCCAUACCAGUUGACAUGUCUGCCAGUGUUACGGAGCCAAUCGACUGGAACUAUGCCAUUAGUGAGCUUUUGGACAAACAGGGAGUGGACUUACGCAAAGAGAUGGAAGUCCGACUGCUAGAAAUGGAGGAACAAUUCCGACGAGAGAAAGAGCAAUCUGAUCGACUGUUUCAGGAACAACGUCGGGAAUAUGAGGAUCGUAUCCAAUGCUUACAGGAACAAGUGGACAGACAAUCGAUGAUGAGCUCGAACACACAGGAUGAUUCAGCCCUGGAUUAUGAGACUACAAGUGAAUGUGCUUGGACCGAGCGUGAAUUCGAGCUGGCUCAGUGGGCUUUCGAGAAGUGGAGAACCCAUCAGUUCACUUCACUGAGAGAUCAACUUUGGGAGAACACUGUCUAUCUGAAGGAAGCUAACGCGUUGAGCGUUGAACUUGGAAAGAAUAUCCGGUUUCAGUUCGCGCUUCUCACAGACACUCCGUACAGUCCGCUUUCAUUGGACUUGUCCCAGUCGCGUAUUCAGAGUCCGGCAGUGGAUAAUUAUAGCCACUAUUCCUGUGAUCACGAACAUUACAUCGAGCACAACGAAUGUGAUGAUAGGCACCAGACUGCUGAGGACCGAACACCUCGACCAAACCGGCCGGUGUAUACAAAUACGGUAGACACAACGUAUGUGAGCUCCAGAGGUUUGUCUUUGUUUCGAUCGAGUGGCCAGGAAGAAUUGCCGCGUUCACGUGAAGAGGAAGGUCCGCGAAAACGAACGGUUGUGGCCAUCGAGGUGCAAGAUUUAACUACUGGCGCAAAACACUACUUGAGUUUGGAUCGGUUUAAAAAACGUCUCAUACGGAUGCGACAACACUAUGAUGCACAAACAGAAUUUUCUUCGGCCACAAAACCAGAAACGACUGCACCGUGUGACGACUUGUCACAAACAGGUCGGGGAAGCGAUGACCACACGGUGUUAGACGAAGAUGCUGACAUCAGAGAUCCGUUCCAAGAACAAGCACCUUGGUUUCGUCUCAUUGGGAGAUCUUUCGUCUACCUAAGUAAUCUUUACUUUGGUACGACUCUCAUUCAACGAGUGGCUAUUGUGGAUGCACACAGUCGUGUUUGUGGUUUCAUUCGCGUCGCUAUAGAACCUGUUUCGGCAAAGUCCAAUGAAGUCCCGAAGGUAUCAGAAGAAGCGAACAUUACCUGCAUCACAAAUGAUCUACAGUUUGAUGAUAAAACAUACGUGCAAAAGUGUCUGCCAUUCUUUCUGAACAACUGCAUCCGAGCUAUGGACACUUACGAGGCAAUCGAACAGCAAUCCGAAGUUGAUGGAGAUCAGCCGGAAGCAGCAGACCUCAUCGAGACGGACUUGGUUACUCCAAAACCUAGAUUAUCUAAGGCCACAGGAUUUGAUCAUCUGGAAAGUAAUCACUUCUUCUCUCAAGCCACUUUAACGGAAAACCAAACCACUUAUGAAUUGGUGCUUCGGGAACAGCUUGGUCAGACGACGGAUCAAAUCCCCAAGGCGAUAGAACCGGGGAAGGAAUUCACAUUCUGUGUCACUGUGUUGCAACUUUACGGUGUCCAUCCUGCAUUUACAGAUGUAUUUUGUCAAUAUCAUUUCCUGCAUCGACCGGAUGAAAUUUACUGCACAGAGCCGAUGGACAACCCGAAAAGUGGAGAACCCAUUGGAGUUUACCAUACCCAAGUUUUCAAGACGUCUUCCACUCUGGCCUUCGUUGACUAUCUACGCCAACAGCCAAUGGUUUUCGAAGUUUACGGGCAUCAGACUGAACCGAACGCGACAGACAGUCCGGUGUCGCUUGCCAAGUAUCUAUCACGACGCUUCCGCACUUUAGUGCCUCCGACUUUACCCAUAUCUUCACCGGUGCCUCCGACACGAUUCGGAACCGUGGAUUUAUUGAACAAUUCUACCCUUGUUCGUCGAGAAGAUAUCCUCGUAUGGUUCGAGAUAUUGGAGCUGGACCCUAACGGCGAAUACAUCCCAGUACCUGUUGAUCGCUUGGAUGAAGCGCCUUGCCAGGGAGUAUUUCUCAUUCAUCAGGGUUUACAGCGGCGCUUGGCAAUCACGCUCAUCCACGAGCCGUAUCCCACGGGCACGGAACAAUUGCUAUGCGGCACCCCUAAUCUUCUUUUUUUGGAUGUUCACGAGGUUGUGGUCGGUCGCGUACGUGAGACUCCAGAAUGGCUCGAUUCGGACAGAAAUACACGAAUUUUGUCGCUAUCUUUGCUUCCAGCUCGCUACUUCCCACAGGCCGGUGACGAUCGGGUUUUCUUCCGUUUUGAAGCUGCAUGGGAUAGUUCGUUGCACGCCUCUCCCCUGUUGAAUCGCGUGACUCCCUCCGGCCAACGAGUCUACAUGACAAUGUCGUGUUAUCUGGACGUAGAUGGUUGCACUCGUCCUGUGUGUUUGACGAAAGAUUUGGCGAUGAUGGUGUUUCCACGAGAGUCGAAACUUUCUGUUCCUAGUCCUCGUCUAACUCCCAACCCAACUCUGGCUCUGCUCAGGUCUCUGCGCUCAUUGUGGAGCUCAUUUUGCCGAGUUAACGAAUUGAACCGCGUGACCGGAGUGUAUGACUUGCAGCUGCGAUUACUUCGUCAUGGUCAGUGUUCACGACCGCGAUCAAUCAUGGAUAGUAGUCAAACCUACGUUCGAGGAGAGGAGAACCUGAAGGGAUGGCGACCACGUGGCGAUUCGCUUAUCAUAGAGCAUCAGUGGGAACUGGGUCGCCUUGGUCGUAUUGAACAGGUUGAGAAAUCCAGACAUCUAAUCCUUCUCCGUGACACACUCACACUGGACGGACUGAUAAAUUCUCGAGUGGAACUGGACAAGACAGUCAUGACUACAAGAAAACAGCUGCGUCGAAAACAGGGAGUUAAAGUCUAUUCACGGAGAACUGACACAUUGAAAGCGUUUGACGAACAGUCUGAGGAUUUCGGACCCAGAGAAAUAACGAACGGUAAACCCAAAUCAACAAAAAUGGAUACAGAGUCGGAUAGUGGCAUCACUGGUUCAGCCACCACCGAAGUGACGAGUACCGACGGAGUGGAAGUAAAGGAACCUGGAAAGAAGCAAGAAGAACCUAUCCAGCUGACUGAUUCACGGAAAUUCCUGAGCACUCAUUUCGACUUGGAGGAACACGACCCGAUGUCUCGAAGCAUGUUUGAGAUGGAUGAACAAGCACUGACUCAGAUGAGCGCCAGCUCGAUGUCGAUGAAAGAAUAUCGAGAACGGAUGAUGAUCUCUCGUUGCCUGGACGUGUUACUGUCUACUCUACCUAUGCAACACAGUUUGACUUCUGGUGUAAUUGCCUCACAAAUCAACGAUGAAGUGGAGUCCACUGGGAGUGACAGUUUUCUCACGGGGUCAUCCAGUCAGCUAAAUGUGCCAGGAGAAUCCGGUCAGGUAAUCAUGUCCAAUCCAUCAUACGUCUCGAUGGACGUGUCCACCGGGGCUGCAUCUGAUCAGGGAACUACUCAGUGCGGACUGGAAGAACCAGUCACUGGAAUUCCAAGAUCAGCCACCAUGGAAUCACUUCGUAGCCACUUACACACGGACAAUCCGGCUCUGCAUCCGAAACAUGUGGUUCAAAGACUGGUUGGUGAAUGUGAUGAGGUACGGGUCAGUCCAGUGAUCAGUCGUAAAGGAUAUUUACUCAUAUUGGAGGAGAAGACUGCCGGCUGGGUUCGUCGAUGGGCCGUGGUUCGUCGGCCGUUCCUUUACCUUUAUGCGGAUGAGAAAGAUCUGGUGGAACGUGGUUUGAUCAACCUAAACACGGCUCAUUUGGAAUACGACACAAAUUUAGCCUACGCGUCAGAAACGGAACUGCUAAACCAGAUGAGCCAUUCGCGAAACCAACCAUCAUCCAGUUUAGUCAUGAAAAAUGGUGAAACACUUGGUUCUCCCACAUCGCUUGUUUCUUGUCGGUUCAAUAUGUUCACUCUGAUAGCACAACACCACACGCUACUCAUUCAAACAUGUUCCGAAGAUGGUGCUGACGUUCAUGACUGGCUUUAUGCUUUCAAUCCGUUGAUGGCUGGUGAAAUUCGAUCACGACUUGGUCGGAGCAGACGAUCUCGCAUGGAUAUUUAG